AUGCCAUCGAUGCCAAAGUUCAGCUAUAAUGUCACCAGAGACUAUCCUUACAAAUGGUUUACACCCGCCGCCAUCUUCGGAGGCAUGUUAUUGACAGCACUUNUUUCGGCUAUCAAUUUCUUUUCAACGGCCUACAACAUGGUGUCUGUCACAACCAAUGACCCAAAAGAUAUCGAAUCAGGCCCAUAUGGAGGGUCGUAUGCGCACUUCUUCGCGAGCAAAAUCCAACCAAAGUGCGACGAUGCCGUCCUUGCUAUUGGAUCCAGCUUUCGGACAAAUCAAUCCAUCUUCGAAUACCAGAUUACCCCUAGACUUCCUAUUGGAGGUUCUGGAAUGACCUAUCAUAACGAGCUGAUUGAUUGGUGCUCUCCGUAUCAAGUGACACUUGAUUUUUCGACCUUUNAUGAUAGACCUGCCAGUCAGAUCAACAUCUCCGCCUGGGGCUUGGUUGUCACAGUCGAUCUCAACUGUGAUAUCCGAUAUCAUGGCGUUGUUUCUCCUCAACGGUUCAACUUGCAGACCCAAAUCGACCUCAUCAGUGGCUUGCAGAAUGGUGGAAUGGACGUAAGGCCUGCGUGGGAUAUAGGUACUAUUGAUAAUCCUGCUUCGACGUGGGCGCAGGUGCUCAUGCUGGCCUUCUGGCAGGAAACCAUCACCGCUAUGAUGAACCAAACUAACACAUUCCUGGGCUCUGAAAAAUCGGUAUCGCAACACAAUCUCUCUGGUGGUUAUGUGCAAUUGGCCAGAUCGGACUCUACAGUAGCCAUGCGGGAAGACCAUUACUUUGAAAAGGCAUCAUGGGUCUUCUUUGACGCCGUCGCGAACGAAAAAUAUCAAGGCACUGUCGGCGCCGAGUACGACGAAACCAGCAAAAGCUACGUGUACAGCACGGCAUGGCCACAGAUCUGGGCACCAGUCGAUCGACUCGCCAAAGCCGCCAUUUCCAACGUAUACCUAGAUUUGGGCAUGUUCCCUUCUGACCCACAAUGGAAUAGCAUGAUCUCCAACGUCGACGACCUACGUUUUUGGAGCAGAAAUCUGUCCACGAUUGUCGAGCAAAGCCCUGUGGACAUGGAUAUCGCAUAUAUGAAACAGAUUGUUACAGUGACGGACUAUGAUGCCCAGCAAGCACUGCCGAUAGACGACGAAUACAAGUUAGGCACGCUGCCAGACCCUCCAGGUAACUUGACCUCGCGAGCAACAAUCAGCACCACGUAUAUGUGUCAACAACCUCAACUCAAACCUGGUUUCAACAUCUUUGUCUCGAUCCUCGUUGCCGAUUUGGUCUUUUUGCGGACGGCGUGGUCAUUGUACAAUUUCAUUGUUGCUUAUUUCCUCAAGAGCCGGCAUCCUGACGCAAACAUCUGCGAUGAGUGUCUGGCAAGGAAGGAACAAGACGAUGUGGAAGUUAAAGGGAAGAAAGAGGCGGUUCAUACUGACAAAGGGCAUGGAUUUGACGAACAUACCAUCGAGCUCGAUUACCUCGGACCGCCGAGUCCAUCUACACGUCGAGAUGACCAAGGCAGCGCACAAAGUUUGUUGACGCAUCGACAUGUCUAG